AUGCCAGAGGGGUCUGCUAACAGCGUCCCCCGUCCCACUGUCCCCCCAGCGCCGGAGCUGCAGGCUCACGUGCGCCUGAUACGGAUGCGGACUCUGCAAUGCCGCGACUGCGACGCCAUCUUCGCCUCUUCGAGGGCCCUCGAGGACCACGAGCGCCAGCACUCGGGAACGCAGCCGUUGCGCCGCGGCGUCUGCGGAGCAUCUUCCACCGCGACCAGCGACCUCGCGCCUCCCACGCUGGAUGCAGAGCGCCAAUGUUCCAAGGCUCUCGCACUUGACAAGCGGCGGCACAAGGUGAAGAGGCAUCAUCCGUGUGACGUGUGCGGGAAGGCUUUCACUACCGCAGCAGCUGUCACCCUUCACCAGCGCAGGCACAAGAGGGAGCGAGAGCGUACGCACCCAUGCGACGUGCCCAGAAAAACACUUGAUAAAGCAGCUACUCGUGCCCUCCACAAACGCAGGCACACGAGGAAGGAGCCUCAUUCAUGCAACGUAUGUGGGAAGGUUUUCACGGCUCAAUGUUACCUCAUCGUUCACAAGCGCAUACACACAGGAGAACUACCAUAUGUGUGCAGUGUGUGCGGGAAGGCUUUUAAUCAUCCAAACGCACUCACCAGGCACGUGCACAGCCACACGGGAGAGCGCCCGUACUCAUGUGAUGUGUGUGGAAAGGCUUUUAGUCAUUCAGGCAACCUCACCAUGCACAAGCGCACGCACACGGGAGAGCGACCAUACUCGUGGAUUGUAUGCGGAAAGGCAUUUAGUAGUUCAGGCAACCACGCCGUGCACAAGCGCACGGACUCGGGAGAGUGCCCAUACUCAUGCGAUGUGUGUGGAAAAUCUUUUAAUCAGUCAAGCGCCCUCAAGGGACACAAGGCCAUACACACGGAAGAGCGCGGAUAUUCGUGUGAUGCGUGUUCUCUUCGUUUUAGUAGCAAGUCUUCGAUGAUAACUCACUGGCAGCGCACUCACGGCACAAUGAACUGCUGGCUAUGCUGCCCGCCCGUACCUGCCGGAUAA